AUGUCAUCGUUAAAGCGCCCACAGGGACCCUCGGAGCCGGGGGAAUGGGAUGAAGGAGAGGAUAACAUGCCAAGGUCAUCGUCCAGCGCGCAUCAUUUGGUGUGUAUUCUUCGUGUCUCGUCUUAUACACCAACUAACGCUCAUGGGAAGCGCAAACGUAUUCGCACGUCCGAGUCUCUAGCCUCAUACGAAGGCACCGAAGUGAGUGACAGUGAAAAUGAAGAAAGAAUUCAGCGGUCUAUCACCCAGGCUUUAGAAUAUGACGAGGACGAGCUUGAGUUACGUGCAACGCAACUCAUCCAGGAGAAGUACUCUUUCGCUAGUGACGAACCCAAUGUUCCUGCUGAACAUGGCAUUCUUGAACGUGUCGAAUGCUACAACUUUAUGUGUCAUGACCACUUCUAUAUCGAACUGGGGCCAUUGAUUAAUUUUAUAGUUGGGAAGAAUGGCAGCGGCAAGAGCGCAGUACUAACAGCUAUAACUCUUUGCCUGGGUGGCAAAGCAUCUGCUACAAAUCGCGGUCAGAGUCUUAGGAGUUUCAUCAAAGAAGGCAAAGAGAGUGCAACUAUCGUUGUGCGCAUUAAAAAUCAAGGAGACGGUGCCUAUAUGCCGGAUGAUUAUGGAAAAUUCAUUGUCAUUGAACGUCAUUUCACGAAAACUGGAACAAGUGGCUUCAAAAUCAAGGCAGAGAAUGGGCGUAUAGUUUCUACCAAAAAAGCCGAACUGGACGCUAUCAUUGACUUUUUCACAUUACAAUUUGACAACCCGAUGAAUGUUCUCUCACAAGACAUGGCCCGCCAAUUUUUGAGCAGCUCAAGUCCUGCUGAGAAAUACAAAUUCUUUGUGAAAGGUGUUCAGUUGGAGCAGCUUGAUCAGGACUACCGACUGAUCGAAGAAUCUGCUGAUCAGAUUGAGGAGAAGCUUAGGGGGCGAGAGCAAGAUAUCAUGAUCCUAAAAAACCGCAAAGUUGCAGCAAACCAGAAAUUGGACAUAUCUGAUCAACACGAAUCCCUAAGGAACAGAGUCAGAAUUGUCCGGAGCCAAAUGGCUUGGGCUCAAGUCGAGGAACAGGAAAGAAUGAGGAGCUCCUUAGAGAUUGAACUAGCUAAAGCCGAUGAGCGGAUUGCAACCGCUGAAGCUGAGCUAGGCAGCUUUGACGCUGCUAUACGAGAAGCUGAGGAGGAAACUGAAGCCGCUGCUGAAUACGUUAGACAGAGUACUGCUAAACUCGACCACGCACAAAGUGAGAAGGUGGAGAUUAAAGCUAGGUGGGACGAACAAAUGACUGAACGUCAUGAUUUGCAGGCACAGCAACGUCAGAUACGAGAUUAUUUAAAAGCAGCAGAAGCUAGGAUAAACGAAACGCAACAAAAGAUUGAAGAAGAAAUCCAACGUCUGGCUGACCUCAGCGGAGGCAGUUAUACUAGAAAGCAGGAACAACUCGAGCGAGCAAAAGCAGAAGCUGCACAUGCCAGCACACAGUAUGAGGAAUAUCAACGCAAUACAGAUCGCCUAUACAGAGAGUUGGAAGUGGCUAGGAAAGAAGCGGAUUCAUUGGCGGCGCCACUUGGCAGAACGAAGGCCGACGUUGAGCAAGCUGAGAAACUUUUACGAAGUCUAAGCAAAGAAGGAGGACCCAAAACCUCGGGUUUCAACGACAAAAUGCCGUCUCUCCUGAGGGCUGUUCAACAAGAACAGGGCUUCACCGAAAGGCCUGUCGGUCCCAUCGGUCGCCAUGUGACCUUACUGAAGCCAGAAUGGUCAUCUAUUUUAGAGAACUCUUUCGGCACGACAUUGAACAGCUUCAUUGUAACAUCUAAAAGAGACAUGGAUAUCCUUUCUCGUAUUAUGCACAAUGUCAACUGCAUAUGCCCAAUCUUUAUAGGAAAUGGUGGGUACAUUGAUACAUCAAAACACGAGCCUGAUCUUAAGUUUGAUACAGCUUUACGGGUACUUCAGAUUGAUAACGAACUCGUUCGUCGACAGCUGAUCAUUAACCAUGGUAUUGAGCAAAUGCUUCUAAUCGAAAAGCUAGAAGAAGCCUCUUCAGUUCUCUUUGAUGGACAGAAACCUAGGAAUGCGAAGCGGUGUUACUUUCAACAUGGUGUAGUAACGGACCUCAGACGGAAACUCAGCGAUCAGGAAGAGCAAUUCCGAUCUGCUCGGUCUCGCUUGGAGGGCUGCAAGCAGGCUCGUAUGAGGCAUGAAAAGAGUAUAAAUGAGCUACGAAUCACAUUACAAAGGAAGGAAGACCAUGUGGAAGAGCUCACAGAUGCACUCGACAAAGAAUCUGUGGAGGCUGACCAUCUUGAUGUGCUGCGAGCUACGCUCCAGGGGGCCAAGGAAGAGAAACGCAUCAACGAAGGGUCAUUGAAAGACAGUGUGGAGGCCAUGGAAACCAUGAUGAAAGGGCUUAAAGCCAUUAAACAACAAAUCACUUCUAAGGAUGCCGAUAUAGCUGUGUCGACGGAAGAGCUCCGUGUAACUCAGAGUGAAGUAUGCACCGGGCAAGACAAACGCCGAAAGAUCAUUAACGAUAAAAACAUUGCGGUUGAACGAAUCAAUGAUAGCAGAGAAGAAAAAGAGAGGAUAAGUAAGAAAAGAGAAGAAAUUUCUGCACGCGUUAUCGACUUCAUUGAGAAAGCCAGUCUAGUCUCACCGCGGGUUGCAAUUCCUGAAGGUGAGACUGCUGCUAGUUUGGACAGAAAGCUGGACAGGCUUAAUAGGGAUAUACAACGUUAUAAUCAACAAUUGGGCGCAUCUCGCGAUGAGAUCGCCGCUGAAGCCGCCAAAGCAUCCACUGCCUAUGACCGGGCCCUUAAGCAAGUGGAGGAAUUCAGGUUACUUGCGGAUAUUCUCAUUGAAACACUCAAACAUCGCAAGAAACGUUGGGUAAUUUUCAGAUCUCACAUUUCAUCUCGGGCCAAGGCGCAAUUCACGUACUUACUAAGCGAGAGAAGUUUUCGUGGUCGACUUCUAACUGACCAUGAGAGCAAGCUGCUGGAUUUACAGGUCGAACCUGAUAUAACAAAGGAUAGCACUGGGCGGGGUGCAAAGACGCUUUCCGGCGGUGAAAAGUCUUUCUCUCAGGUUUGUCUUUUAUUAGCACUUUGGGAGGCUAUGGGCUCUCCUGUCCGCUGCUUGGAUGAAUUCGACGUGUAUAUGGACCACAUUAAUAGGAAGAUGGCAAUUGAUAUGCUUAUGCUAGCCGCUAGGCGGUCAGUAGGUGUGCAAUUUAUACUAAUCACACCUGGCUCAAGGGCAGAGAUUAGUUUAGCUCCUGAUGUCCGUGUAAAGGAAUUGGCAGAGCCUGAACGAGGCCAGACCACAUUAACAUUUCGCCGGUGA